AAGUUUCUCUCCCCACCCCGCCUUAUUAUUAUUAUUUUCCUUUCAUUUGGUCCUUUUGUUGUUUCCUUGUGCGCUGCUGGCACUACUGUAUAUUCUUUUCCUUCUACUUGCUUCUCUCUCAGGAUAUUUUCACAAGGGAUUGUUUCUGCUCCUCAGUCCCUCUUGUAUGGCUUUGGAAAAAAAAUCAAAGAUGAAAAAAGCAUCCUGAAAGGUCCCAGGAAGGGGCAAGGCAGAACCCACCAUGACAGCUAUUUGAUGAAUGCAUGCAUAAAAAUAAAGAUUCUUUUGUCUCAAACUAUGCCCGAGAUGACAGAGAAAGCUCCUCUUAAGAAGCAGCACCGGAAGAAAAACCGAGAGACUCAUAAUGCAGUGGAGAGGCAUCGAAAGAAGAAAAUCAAUGCUGGUAUAAACCGAAUUGGUGAGCUAAUUCCAUGUUCCCCUGCACUGAAACAGAGUAAGAACAUGAUUCUGGAUCAAGCAUACAAAUAUAUAACAGAAAUGAAAAAGCAAAAUGAUGAACUCCUGUUGAAUGGAGGAAACAAUGAACAAGCUGAAGAAAUAAAAAAACUCCGGAAGCAAUUGGAUGAACUCCAGAAAGAAAAUGGGCGCUACAUAGCAUUGUUGAAAGCUAAUGACAUUUGCCUUUAUGAUGAUCCUACCAUCCAUUGGAAAGGAAAUCUUAAAAAUUCAAACGUUUCUAUUGUAAUUCCGAAUGAUCAGAUACAAAAGAAGAAAGAAAAUCUGAAAAAUACAAAUAUUUCUGUUGUUAUCCCCAAUGAUCAACUGCAAAAAAAUAUUGUUGUAUAUUCCAAUGGCAGCCAAUUUGGUGGAAGUAACCAGGGGGCAUCUGUCCAAGGAAUAACUUUUAAUAUAGGACAUAAUUUACAGAAACAGACAGCUAAUGUUGUUCCUGUCCAGAGGACUUGCAACACUCCUGCAACCAUUUCUAGUAUUUAUUCAACAGCAAUCAAAUCAGGUAUUCAAACUUCAGUUUCAUCAUUAGUAUCAGGCCUACCAAAUACAGACAAAAAAACUCUUGAGCAAUCUACCUCUGAGAACAAGCAAGGCACGUCUAUCUGUACUAGUGCUCCCAGUUCUGUGAAUACCUCGCAGCUAGUAAGACUGCAGAGUGGAAAACAGAUUUCAUCACAAGAUGAGAAUGACAUCUCCAGAUCUAAAAAUAAACAAGGGAGUUUAAAGCUGAUUGAGAAAACAAGUGUACUAAGCCCCAGCCUUUCUUCCAGUGUUAGUAUAGAUGUGCUUCAUUGUCAACAAGCAAAUAUACCAACAGAAGUGGGUUCAAUAAGUGGCUCUCUAGGAAGCUGUGUAACUUCUGCAGCUGACCCAGCCUGUGUUGCAUCUAUUGGUGGAAAGGCAUCCACAGAAAAGGUCUUCAAAAGCCUAGAUGGUAGAACUCCAGAAGGAGAAGCCCCAAAGGCUGUAACAGAAUUGAAUAUAGUGCCUGCUACUACUGUAGAGAAAUGGCCUUUCCCCAGUUCUUCAGAUGUUGGCAUUCCAGAGUCAAAAAGCAUUGGUAAUCUUAUGAGAAUCACUUCAGCUGGAAAUACCCAAACCACUUGGACUACAUUGCAGCUAGCUGGAAGCACUGUUCAGCCUCUAAAUCAUACUCCAUCCAACAUAAUGACAGCCCUUUUAAAUGAGCCAAUUAAUGGUGCUAGUAUUAUAGCUUCCACUCCAAACAGGAUUCUGGCCAAUGGUGCUGGUUUAAAUAACCCUCUAAUUCCAGAAGAACACCCAGUUGACCAAUUGGUUGUUACCUUGCCUUCCCAUCCAUCUUUACCUAUUCAGCCACUAAUUAGUAAGACACAAACUAGAGCGCAAAUGGCAAGCAGUCUCCUUCCCGUGAAUCCAGCCAUGCAAGUGAUUCAAGUAUCUCAGCCAAUGACCUCUCCUAUCAAUACAUCACCUAUUAAUCAGAACAUUGUAAUUCUCCAGCCUCCUAAUGCUAAUUCCUGUCCUCCAGUGCUGAGAGCUGAACUCCCAAAUCAGACCGUUAGCCAACAGAUUGUAAUAAUACAAACUGCUAAUCCAAAUCCCCUCUCUUUUUUCUCAACACCAUCAGUUGUUAAAAUGCCUGUGAAUGGAACAAAUGCUGGCAAUCUUAUACAAAGUGCCUCUGGCCCUCAUAUGUUUGGUGGGAAACAUCUUGUUCAUAUUUUACCAAGGCCCUCUUCUUCAGCAUCUUCUUGCCUGACACAAACAUUUUCUGUUUCAAUGUCUAACCAAAAGCUUCCACAGACCAUUUCUUUAAAUGGACAGUUGUUUGCAUUAAAGCCUAUGAAAUCCUGUUCUGGAGAUUCAGAUCAAGCCCCUAUGCAAAUUAUUCAGCCUACCACCAGUGAAGAUCCAAAUACCAACAUUGCCCUCAAUGCAUUUGGUGCUUUAGCUAACCUCAAUCAAAGCAUAUCACAGAUGGCUGGCCAAAGCUGUCAACAAGUGUCUGGCAAUCCGUCUACCAACCCCAAAAUCGUUAGUAGCCAAACCACACCAAUAUCUCCUGGUUUGCUAACAGUGACAACACCUUCCUCUUCAGCUGCUGAGAGUUCUAGAUUAACCUGUAAUUCAUCUUCACUAGACAUUUCUCCUCCCAAAGCUGCUGGUUUGGGUUCAAAAUGGUCUAAUAAAAAUUCAGGUACUAAGAAAACUUCAGUAGCCAGCAACAACCUUGCAUGUCAAGUAGAUCCUGACAAAGAAUGCAAAAAAAUUGAUAGAAAUGUGACAACUGCAUCUGAACAUUCAGGAAGUGACAUAUUGCUUGAAAAUAUGCCUGUUGUUUUGCAGUGCUUAGCUGUACCACAGGCAAAUUGUACAAUAUCACCAAAUGAUAUACAUGCUUCUGAUCCUCAUCCCAAAGAUAGACUGAGAGCUGAGCAGAACAUGGAAUCUACUCUGACACCUGAUCUGAAUGCAGCUGGAGUACCUAGAUCAUUGUCCCUUGAAUCAUCGUUAUUGGGUCAAUUUGAGGUAGUUCCUGCGAUUUCCACAGACCAUGCUUCUCCACCUCUUCAGAUAUGUAAAUCUCAAACCAACUCAACAGCAAAUUCUAAGUUAUCAGAACUAUCCAAAUGUAUAUCCACCAAUCCUUUACUACCCUCUUCUUCAGAUUCUCCAGUGACAAUUUCUCAAAUUUCUCAGACAAAUAGAGAAACGAAUACAGAGAAUGUUCCCAGAACAGAGGUCUCAGAGAUCUGCAGGAUGGAACAAAAUUGUUCCAUCGUAAUGCAGGCCUCAGAUUUAUUGGAAGAACAAGGUCUAACCAAAAUGUUCUCAGAGUUUAAUAAAGUAGGAGAUGUACAAAAAUCCUUUUCAGUCCAAGUAGAGCACCCCAGUUUUUGUACCCAAAGCACAAAAUCAAAUAUUGGUUCAAAUGAUCAUUUGGAAAGGAAACAAGAAGAACUCUUGCUGAUAAAUGCUGAAGAAGAAAACCUCACACGAUCUAAUUCUUGCACGUCCGACCAGGAAGCUAUCACUGCUAAUAGGCAAGUAGACUCCCCCAUGUCGACUAGUUCAGGUAGCAGUUGUGGCUUUUCUGUUGCAUCCAUGUUGCCAGAUACAUGUAGGGAAAAUGUUUCCAACAGCACUUUGGUGAACGCACAUAGCACCUGCACAUUUUCAGAGCAAACAGAUAUUGUAGCACUGGCUGCAAGAGCAAUUUUUGACCAGGAGACUCUUGCAAAAAAUACAGGAACAGUGUCAGGAACCUCUAUUUCCAAGGAUAGUAAAGUAGCAUCUCUAGGAAGAGACCAACCAUUCAAAGCCCAUCCAGUUAAAAACACUAAUCAAAUGGAAAUGGGGCCAAACAAUUUCAGUACCCAGAAUUCAAUGCAAAUAAACAUUGAGUUGUCUGCAGAGAAAAGUUGUUCUGUUAGACUGGAAAUGGCUGAUACAGCUUUGCAGAUUCCAACUCCACAACCCUCAAGCACCUCCAGCUUGAGUGUGAAUAAUCUAAUACAUCCAACAUGCAUCAUACAUCCUCCAGUAAGCUGCUCAGGUGUAUCAUCAUCUUCAGAUCAAACAACUGUUUCUGUAUCUGAGACUCCAUCUGUCCCUGCUAAUUCAUAUAUGACUCAGUCUCCAGGACAUUCUCCAAGGUUGAUGGCAGAGUAUCCUUCAGAACAGUUAUCUGCUCUUCAGACUACCACGAUGCAAGGUCCACAGAUAUGUGAACCACAUUUAAAGCAGCAAAGACAAAGCCGCAAAGAAUCAGCCAAGCGUUCUGUUCAAGAUGAUCACAUGCUUUCUACAUCAAAGAGGCAGAAACAUUGCCAGACAGCACCUCUACAGCUUGAAGACAUGGCUCUGUUGAAUCAAACAGCUGAUGAUAUUGACAGUCAAAAUCAAAUCCGUGUGAAUCAGAUUCCCCUCAACUCAUCUAAUCUUGCAGUAUCAGUGAGUAGUCAAGGACAUACCAAUGGCCACAGCAGGUUAUUUCAAGCCAGCAAUUUUGUGUCACCUACUUUGAGGCAAGCUGAAGUUCAAUGUAAUUCUCAUCCACCUAUCCUUGAUCAAGCAGGACAACAUCUGCAGCCUAUCCAACAUGCUCUCUCUCAGGGUAUGGCUCAUCUUCAGGCUAAUCAUCCAUAUAUAAAACCACAGCAACAGCAGGGUGGACAGCUAAGAGAAAGGCAUCAAUUGUAUCAACUUCAGCAUUAUAUUUCUCCUGCAGAAAGUUCUGUACACUCUCAAACCCAUAUUGCCCAUCAGCAAAGAAUAUUGCAUCAAGAGGCACAGCUGCAGAAAAAGAGAAGUCUCAUUCAAGCCACUCAGCCCACCACACUUACUUUACAGCAGAAGCAUCAUGGAAAUGACCAAUCACGGUCAAAGAGUAGCCAGCCACACCCCCAUCACUCCCAGAUUCAACAAUUGCAGCAGCACUACCCUUCUUCCCAGCCUGAGAAGAAUUGUGAGAAUUCUGCUUUGAGUAGAACUCAUAGCCACCCACGGAGCCAUCCAAGUCAGGACAUUCUGCAUCAGCAGUCAUCAGAUGUGGGCAGCAGACAACCAGGUUCUGGAGUUCCUUCUGAACAUGUCUCGGGACAUAGUCAGAUGCAUAGAAUGUUGACCUCUAGGGCUUUGGAGCAGCAGAUAGUGUCUCAACCUAGUACUGUCUCUAGACCAGAUGUUCCCUGUCUCCCUCAUAGGCAAGAAAGAAAUAGAGUUAGUAGUUACUCUGCAGAGGCACUUAUUGGGAAAUCUUCAUCUAAUUCGGAACACAGGCUAGGAGUAUCCAUGCAGAGCUUCAAAGUUUCAGAUCAUCUUGAAAUGAGAAACUAUGCUGAUGUAUCUAGGAAUAAAGAAUUAGUAAUUCAUAAUACACAAAGUCGUGUAUCUGUAGAUCAUCCACUUGGACCAGACAUUCAGAGGCUUUCUGAGUGUCAGACAUUCAAGGUGAAUGCCAUUAAUCAACAGCCUACAGGUAAUUUUGAUGUGCAAUCUUCAAGAAGUAAUGAAAUAAGUAACUCUCUCAGGGGUCUGCAGACACAGAGUUUUCGACUUGCCCAAAAUGCUGGACCAUCAAUAGACAGACAAAAGAGGUUGUCUUAUCAACCAGUUCAAAGUAUUUCAACAGGAAAUCCUCUCCCUUCCCGAAGAGACAAUGAGAAUACAUGCCACCAAGGAUUCAUGCAAAGUUUACUUAUUCCUCAUCUUGGAGAUCAAGCUAAUGGAAACCAAAGACCAAUUUCAGAGCAUCAGAGAAAUCCACAGUGUGCCAGUUCCUCAAAUGUUGAUUAUAAUUGUGCACCAGCAAGAGAAAGUAUUCAUAUUCGGAGGGAAGGGGAUGAUCAGAACAGAGAAAGUUGUGAUAUGUCUCUUGGUACUAUUAAUGGUAGGAACAAUGCUUUAACUAUUCCCUUCUCAAGUUCUUCUGGAGAUAUACAGGGCCGUAACUCAAGUCCCAAUAUUUCAAUCCAGAAAUCUAAUUCCAUGAGAAUAACAGAGAGCCAUGGAACAAAAGGUCACAUAAAUGCCUCAGCUUCUAGCAAUGUACAUGGAGCCGCACGUCCUCUUCACUAUGCACCAGUCUCUCGUGGGAAUGCUGACCAGGUUCCUCCAUCUGUUCGUCAAACUAAUUCUUCAGCCACUGAUCGAUCAAGACAUCCUUUACAGGAUAACAGUGGCUCUAAAAUUCGCCAGUCUGAAAGGAAUCGUUCUGCAAAUCAGAGACAUGGGAAUGUGUUUGAACCUUCUCUUCCCCAACUCCCUUUAUCCACUGGUGGAGGAAUGAUCCUUGGACGACAGCAGCCUACCCUUGAAAAAAGGGGCAGCAUUGUACGAUUCAUGCCUGAAGGGCCACAUGUCUCUCAUGACAGUACAGCUGCUGAACAGCACACUUUGUCUCAAAAUUUUGGAUUUCCUUUUAUUCCAGAAAGUGGAAUGAAUCCCCCAGUAAAUGCCAACACUUCAUUUAUUCCACCAGUAACUCAACCCAACGCUACCCGAACAGCAGCCCUGAUUCCAGUUGAUCCUCAAAAUACAUUGCCGUCUUUCUAUCCACCAUAUUCUCCUGCACAUCCCUCCCUGUCUAAUGAUAUUUCAAUUCCUUAUUUUUCUAACCAAAUGUUUUCUAAUCCAAGUACAGAGAAGCCAAAUGGUGGAGGUUUAAACAAUCGAUUUGGUUCUAUUUUGUCACCUCCCAGACCAGUUGGUUUUGCUCAGCCAAGCUUUCCCCUUUUGACAGAUAUGCCUCCAGUGCAUGUGGCCAAUUCAUCACACUUGUCCAAUUUUAAUUUGACUUCUUUAUUCCCGGAAAUAGCUACAGCUCUUCCUUCAGAUGGAUCAGCAAUCUCACCACUGCUCUCAAUAGCAAAUACAUCUGGUUCUGACUCUUUGAAACAAUCAUCAAAUCGGCCUGCCCAUAAUAUAAGCCAUAUUCUAGGUCAUGACUGCAGUUCAGCUGUGUGAAAAGAAUGGGAAGGGGUGAAUUUUUUUGAAUGCCCAUUUUUAUAUGUGUAAUGCAUAUAUACUUGUAUAAAUUUGGAUUUAUUUGUAAAGAUUUAUAACAAUCACUCUGGAAUGGUUUCAUUUGCAGGUUAUUCUUGGGCUUACACAUAAACACUCAGAUUGCUGAAGUGCAAACUAGGUGUUAAAAGUUUAACCUGUUUCAGCAGCCUAUGAUAAUGUGACACUCUUCACCCUAUUGUUACCAUCUCUGUGAAAACAAACUGAAGAAUUGCAUUUAUAAUCCUUGGAAAGUAACAUUUUGCACAAGAUGUAUGGAGGAAAUUUAGAUUGCAUUUAAAAACAUCUUUUUGUUAUAAAUUCUUCAAUUUCAAUUUAAUGCCACACUUAGUUUCUGAUGACCUCUAUGAAACCAUAUGGAAAUAAUUGCUUCAUUUUCAAGAUUUCUAGUAACAGGAAUAGAAAUAUUAAUGUAAUUUCUUCCCACUCAAUAUAUAAUUCAUUCUUUUUGCCACUGA